AUGAGUUCAGCAGUGGCGAGUAAGGGUAUGAAUCAAGGUAGUGAGUUUGAUGAUAACAAGGACAUGUGUCCUAUCUGUAAGACAGAUAGGUAUCUUUCACCGGAUGUGAGGUUUUUGGUGAAUCCUGAAUGUUAUCACAAGAUCUGCGAAUCCUGUGUAGAUCGUAUAUUCAGUUUAGGUCCUGCACCAUGCCCAUAUAAGAGUUGUGAUAAGAUCCUGAGAAAGAACAAAUUUAAGACACAGAUAUUUGAUGACGUUGGUGUUGAAAAAGAGGUUGAUAUCAGGAAACGUGUAUUCAAUGUGUUCAAUAAGACAUUAGAGGAUUUUGACAAUGAUCUAGAGGCAUAUAAUAAGUACCUUGAAGAAGUGGAAGAUAUAGUAUACAAGUUGGAUAAUAAGAUUGAUGUUGUGGAGACCGAAGAGAAGCUCCGGACAUAUGAAGAGCUAAACAAACAGCUGAUUAUGAACAAUAUGGAACGGAGCAAGAAAGAUCUGGAGAAUUUCGAGCAAAGACAACAAUUCGAGAAAGAGAUGAGGAUGAAGAAGAGAAUGCUGGAGAGACAAAUAGAGUCGGAGGACAAGAUGAACAAGGAAUGGGCUAAGAGAGAGAUUGUUAACAGGUUAGCAAGCUCUACAAACGCUGAUGAUGUAAUUGAGGGUGUUAAGAAUACUGUUAAAUUAAAGAAGUCCUCAGCGAGAAGAAAACUUGAGGAAAUCAACCGUGUAUUACAAAAUAAUCCAUACAGUAGUUUGAUGUUAAGCCAAGGUUUAAGUAGGAAAGAAGACAACGUUCCGUUUACACCAUUCAAUGGUGAUAGAGACUUAGAUAAGCGUUACACCAUUGACCAGGAAUCGUAUGAUGACCCAUUCAUCAAAGAUUUGGAAAACAGAAAGGAUUAUAUUGCUUCUGGUUUCAGAUCAGACUUUGUCUAUGAUAGAAUGCUGACUGAGGCUUUUAUGGGUUUAGGCUGUGUCGUGGCAGAAGAAGUAUGA